AUGGGCCUCACCCCCGAUGAUAUCUCCGACCAGGAGUCCAACAAGGUCGUCGUGGAUUCCGACCUGGAGAAGCGGGACGAUGUCUCGGCACCUCCCAUCUAUGAUGGGGAGAUCGUCGCCGAAAUGACCGAGGAGGAGCGGAAUGUCUACGAUCACGGCGUCCAGAAGUUCAACCGGUUGGGUUGGAAGCGUCUGACCGUCGUCCUCAUCGUCGAGGCUAUCGCCCUCGGCUCCCUCUCCAUCCCCUCCUCCUUUGCUACCCUCGGCAUGGUCGCCGGCGUCAUCUGCACCAUCGGCCUCGGCCUCCUCGCCAUCUACACCUCCCACGUCAUCGGGCAGGUCAAGCUCAAGUUCCCCCUCGUCGCCAACUACGCCGACGCGGGCCGCCUCAUGAUGGGCCGCUUCGGCUACGAGCUCGUCACCGUCAUGCUCGUCCUGCAGCUGCUCUUCCUGACGGGCUCGCACACCCUGACCGGCACCAUCGCCUUCGUCAACAUCACCGAGAGCAACAUCUGCUCCAUCAUCUUCGCCGUCGUCUCCGCCAUCAUCCUGCUGCUCCUCGCCGUGCCCCCCAGCUUCGCCGAGGUCGCCAUCCUGGGCUACGUCGACUUCGUCUCGGUCAUCCUCGCCAUCGGCAUCACCAUCGUCGCCACCGGCGUCGAGGCCUCCGACAGCCCCGGCGGCUUGGCCGCCGUCGAGUGGUCCGCCUGGCCCAAGCCCGACAUCACCUUCGCCGACGGGUUCAUCGCCAUCACCAACAUCGUCUUCGCCUACAGCUUCGCCAUGUGCCAGUUCUCCUUCAUGGACGAGAUGCACACCCCGCGCGACUACAUCAAGUCCAUCUGGGCCCUGGGUCUGACCGAGAUCUUCAUCUACACCCUCACCGGCGCCAUCGUCUACCGCUUCGUCGGCGUCGACGUCAAGAGCCCCGCCCUGCUCUCCGCGGGCCACCUCAUGAGCCGCAUCGCCUUCGGCGUCGCCCUGCCCGUCAUCUUCAUCUCCGGCUCCAUCAACACCGUCGUCCUCGGCCGCCUGCUCCACGGCCGCAUGUUCCGCAACUCCCCCAUCCGCUUCAUCAACACCGCCAUGGGCUGGAUCACCUGGUUGGCCAUCAUCUCCGUCGCCACCGUCAUCGCCUUCAUCAUCGCCGAGGUCAUCCCCUUCUUCAACGACCUGCUCUCCAUCUCCUCCGCCCUCUUCAUCUCCGGCUUCACCUUCUACUUCCCGGCCAUCAUGUGGUUCCAGCUCCUCCGCGAGGGUAGCUGGACCUCGCCAAAGAACAUCGCCCUGGCUUUGUUGAAUGGCAUGUGUUUCAUCAUCGGUCUGGUUGUGCUCGUGGCGGGCAUCUACUCCGCCGUCAUCGAUAUCGAUGCGAAGUACAAGGCCGGCACCGUCGGCGGGGUUUUUAGCUGCGAGGCACCCAACGACAAGUAG